AUGAUUGUGCGACAUAAAGGCAGAAGGGGAGGAAGGCGCAAGAAGCAUUGGGGACUUGACUCUGAAAAGCGUCCAGACCAAGGUCUGCGGAGAGUAGGCCGUCGCUUUCGGGUUCUCUGAUCGCUUCGUCGUUCGCCAAUGUUUGAGGAGAAAGCCAGCAGUCCUUCAGGGAAGAUGGGAGGCGAGGAGAAGCCGAUUGAUGCUGGUGAAGAGAAGCGAAAGGAAGGAGGCAAAAAGAAGAACAAAGAAGGAUCUGGAGAUGGAGGUCGAGCUGAGUUGAAUCCUUGGCCUGAAUAUAUUUACACACGUCUUGAGAUGUAUAAUAUACUAAAAGCAGAACAUGAUUCCCUUCUGGCAGAAAAAGCAGAAAAAGAUAGCAAGCCAAUUAAAGUCACUUUGCCUGAUGGUAAACAGGUUGAUGCGGAAUCUUGGAAAACUACACCAUAUCAAAUUGCCUGUGGAAUUAGUCAAGGCCUGGCCGACAACACCGUUAUUGCUAAAGUAAAUAAUGUUGUGUGGGACCUGGACCGCCCUCUGGAAGAAGAUUGUACCUUGGAGCUUCUCAAGUUUGAGGAUGAGGAGGCUCAGGCAGUGUAUUGGCACUCCAGUGCUCACAUAAUGGGUGAAGCCAUGGAAAGAGUCUAUGGUGGAUGUUUGUGUUAUGGUCCGCCAAUAGAAAAUGGAUUCUAUUAUGACAUGUACCUCGAGGAUGGGGGUGUGUCUAGCAAUGAUUUCUCUUCUCUGGAGUCUUUAUGUAAGAAAAUCAUUAAAGAAAAACAAGCUUUUGAAAGACUGGAAGUUAAGAAAGAAACUUUACUGGCAAUGUUUAAGUACAACAAGUUCAAAUGUCGGAUAUUGAAUGAAAAGGUGAAUACUCCAACUACCACAGUCUAUAGGUGUGGCCCUUUGAUAGAUCUCUGCCGGGGUCCUCAUGUCAGACACACGGGCAAAAUUAAGGCUUUAAAAAUACACAAAAAUUCUUCCACAUACUGGGAAGGCAAAGCAGAUAUGGAGACUCUGCAGAGAAUUUAUGGCAUUUCAUUCCCAGAUCCUAAAAUGUUGAAAGAGUGGGAGAAGUUCCAAGAGGAAGCUAAAAACCGAGAUCAUAGGAAAAUUGGCAGGGACCAAGAACUAUAUUUCUUUCAUGAACUCAGCCCUGGAAGUUGCUUUUUUCUGCCAAAGGGAGCCUACAUUUAUAAUGCACUUAUUGAAUUCAUUAGGAGUGAAUAUAGGAAAAGAGGAUUCCAGGAGGUAGUCACCCCAAACAUUUUCAACAGCCGACUCUGGAUGACCUCGGGUCACUGGCAGCACUACAGCGAGAACAUGUUCUCCUUUGAGGUGGAGAAGGAGCUGUUUGCUUUGAAACCCAUGAACUGCCCAGGGCACUGCCUUAUGUUUGAUCAUCGGCCAAGGUCCUGGCGAGAACUGCCUCUGCGGCUAGCUGAUUUUGGGGUACUUCAUAGGAAUGAGCUGUCUGGAGCACUCACAGGACUCACCCGGGUACGAAGAUUCCAGCAGGAUGAUGCUCACAUAUUCUGUGCCAUGGAGCAGAUUGAAGAUGAAAUAAAAGGUUGUUUGGAUUUUCUACGUACGGUAUAUAGCGUAUUUGGAUUUUCUUUUAAACUGAACCUUUCUACUCGCCCGGAAAAAUUCCUUGGAGAUAUUGAAGUAUGGGACCAAGCUGAGAAGCAACUUGAAAACAGUCUGAAUGAAUUUGGUGAAAAGUGGGAGUUAAACUCUGGAGACGGAGCUUUCUAUGGUCCAAAGAUUGACAUACAGAUUAAAGAUGCGAUUGGGCGGUACCACCAGUGUGCGACCAUCCAGCUGGAUUUUCAGUUGCCCAUCAGGUUUAAUCUUACUUAUGUAAGCCACGAUGGUGAUGAUAAGAAAAGGCCAGUGAUUGUUCAUCGAGCCAUCUUGGGGUCAGUGGAAAGAAUGAUUGCUAUCCUCACAGAAAACUAUGGGGGCAAAUGGCCCUUUUGGCUGUCCCCUCGCCAGGUAAUGGUAGUUCCAGUGGGACCAACCUGUGAUGAAUAUGCCCAAAAGGUAAGCCUUAGAUGUGAAUUUUCUUUCAACUUAAUAUCUGUUAAUCUGACAAAGCUUUGUGUAUUUGUUUUAGUUGUUGGUGAAAAAGAGAAAAUCAGUGGCACUGUUAAUAUCCGCACAAGAGACAAUAAGGUCCACGGGGAACGCACCAUUUCUGAAACUAUGGAGCGGCUACAGCAGCUCAAGGAGUCCCGCAGCAAACAGGCAGAAGAAGAAUUUUAAUGAAAAAAUUGCCCAGAUUGGCCCCAUGGAAAAGGAGGAGCAGUGUUUCCAUAACAUUGACUUUAUACUCUGAAAUUGUCAAUUUAUGUUGAACUUGAAGGAGUUUGGCAGAGUCCGAGUAGGUCAACCUGCAGGCGUAACUAUUUUUGACCUAAUCAGUUUUUAAACAAUGUGCAUUUGAAGGAGUUAAUUAAAAGAGCCAAUAAAAUGAUUUUACUCAUUCAGUAUCUGAGUACUGGAAAUACUUUAGUAUAAUGAGGGAGAACUUUUUUGUAAAUUUAAUGCAAUUGAAAAAGUUUUAAAUUCAAUUAAGAUAACUAGAAUUGGAUUAUGGUGUAAAAAUAAAAAAAAAAUUAUUCA